CGCGGGGUUUCCGGCCCGGGCGGCAGCUGAGCCGCUAGACGAGCGGGGAGCAGGCCCGGGGUCGCGAUGUGCCGGGGCCGGGCACCGGCGCUCCGGCCGCCGCCGCCAGAGCAAGCUUCCCAUGACUAACAAAUGCUGGCCUAGAUUAUGAGCUCAAACAAGAACGCUCGCUACAAUCGUUUCUCCAGUGGCACAACGAACAUCACUACUUCUGAAAACACUAACGGGACAAGAAUGGAAACAACUUUUGGGCCAGCCUACUCUGCUGUGACAACCAUCACAAAGGCUGACGGGACCAAUACUUUUAAACAGCAUCGUCGGACCCCAUCCUCCUCCAGCACACUCACCUACUCCCCGCGAGAUGAGGACGAUGGCAUGCCUCCGAUCAGCACCCCACGCCGCUCUGACUCUGCUAUCUCCGUCCGUUCAUUGCACUCUGAGUCCAACAUGUCCUUGCGCUCGACGUUCUCACUCCAUGAGGAAGAGGAGGAGCCAGAGCCACUGGUGUUUGCUGAACAACCGUCCGUGAAGCUGUGCUGCCAACUGUGCUGUAGUGUGUUUAAGGAUCCAGUCAUCACAACCUGUGGGCACACAUUUUGUAGAAGAUGUGCCUUAACAUCUGAGAAGUGCCCCGUGGACAACGCCAAACUGACCGUAGUGGUUAACAACAUUGCGGUGGCUGAGCAGAUCGGGGAGCUCUUCAUUCACUGCAAGUAUGGCUGCCGGCCUGCAGCCAGCAGCAAGCCCGCUGCCUUCGAGGUGGACCCCCGUGGAUGUCCAUUUACAAUUAAACUGAGUGCCAGGAAGGAUCAUGAAAGCAGCUGUGAUUACAGGCCGGUUCGCUGCCCCAAUAACCCCAGCUGCCCACCUCUCCUGAAAAUGAACCUGGAGGCACAUCUGAAAGAGUGCGAGCACAUAAAGUGUCCCCACUCCAAAUACGGGUGUACGUUCAUAGGAAAUCAAGACACUUAUGAGACCCACUUGGAGACGUGCAAGUUCGAGGGUCUGAAGGAGUUCCUGCAGCAGACAGACGAUCGCUUCCAUGAGAUGCAGGUGGCAAUGGCCCAGAAGGACCAGGAAAUCGCCUUCCUGCGCUCCAUGCUGGGGAAGCUCUCCGAGAAAAUCGACCAGCUGGAGAAGAACCUGGAGCUCAAGUUUGAUGUGCUGGACGAGAACCAGAGCAAGCUGAGCGAGGACCUGAUGGAGUUCCGCAGGGACGCCUCCAUGCUGAACGAUGAGCUCUCCCACAUCAAUGCUCGGCUCAACAUGGGCAUCCUUGGAUCCUAUGAUCCUCAGCAGAUCUUCAAGUGCAAGGGGACCUUUGUGGGACACCAGGGCCCUGUCUGGUGUUUGUGUGUUUACUCCAUAGGAGACUUGCUCUUCAGCGGCUCUUCAGACAAAACCAUUAAGGUGUGGGAUACCUGUACCACAUACAAGUGCCAAAAGACCUUGGAGGGUCACGAUGGAAUUGUACUGGCUCUCUGCAUCCAGGGGAACAAGCUGUACAGCGGCUCUGCUGACUGCACCAUUAUUGUCUGGGAUAUUCAAAACCUGCAGAAAGUGAACACGAUCCGAGCACAUGACAAUCCUGUUUGCACUUUGGUCUCCUCACACAACAUGCUGUUCAGCGGCUCUCUCAAAGCCAUCAAGGUCUGGGAUAUUGUAGGUACCGAGCUCAAACUGAAGAAGGAACUGACAGGUCUCAAUCACUGGGUGCGAGCGCUGGUGGCUUCUCAAAACUAUCUCUACAGCGGAUCUUACCAAACAAUCAAGAUCUGGGACAUCCGCAACUUGGAGUGUGUCCACGUGCUGCAGACGUCAGGAGGCAGCGUCUACUCCAUCGCCGUGACAAACCACCACAUCGUGUGCGGCACCUAUGAGAACCUCAUCCACGUCUGGGAUAUAGAGACAAAGGAACAAGUCCGCACGCUGACCGGGCACGUGGGCACGGUCUACGCCCUCGCUGUCAUCUCCACGCCGGAUCAAACCAAAGUCUUCAGUGCAUCGUAUGACCGGUCUCUCAGGGUGUGGAGCAUGGACAACAUGAUCUGCACUCAGACGCUGCUGCGACACCAGGGCAGCGUCACUGCCCUCGCCGUCUCCAGGGGCCGCCUCUUCUCCGGCGCUGUGGACAGCACUGUAAAGGUCUGGACCUGCUAGCGAGGGCUCCGCACACACUGAACGACCAAAAACCGCUCCCCUCCGUCGGCCCGCCGGGUGACUACCGCCACUCUGAGAUAACCGCUGCCUGCUGCCCCCCCCGGGCCGGUUCCCCCCCCUGCACGGACCCCGGCUGGCAGCUCUCAGGGCGGGUCUGCCCCGCGGGUGCUCCCCACGUCCCCCCACCUCUGCCGGGUGUGAUUUAGAAAAUCAGAGGAAAAGCCCUCGGGGUGCCCAGCGCCUCGCGCGCCGCAGGGUGCCCCUCCUCUGCCCCGCAUCCCCCCCCCCCCCCACCCCGAGCUGGGGAGCAUCCUCUGGGGCCAGGGCCGGGGGGGAACCUGGGCCACCGGGGCAGCUGCACGGUGGCCCUUGGCCAGUGACGGGCCCGAAUGGCAACGCUUGGCACAGGCGGGAGCCGGCCUGGCCAGGGCAGCGACGCCGGGAGGCCGGUCCCCUUGUAAAUGCGCGACCUGAGCGUUAGGCCUUGCCCUGGGUUGGGACCCCGGCCCCUUUCUCUCUCUAGUAUUUAAUUUUACUGCCAAGAUGUCAGGCUGAUCCAUCUGGGAAGAGGGUGUUUUCUUGAGUAGCCAGGUACGAUUUUUAUGCCACAGCUAGUUCUCAAAUAACACAAGCCCAUUGUUCGCCACCCUGUAAUAAUGGUCUCCACAUUAAAGAGAAAAAGCCUCCGUUGCAUUUUUACUCACAUUUUCUACUGUUUUUAAGAUUGUAAUAUAGAUUUGGUUAUUUCUUCAUUGACAAUAAAAGCAGAAAGAGCUGUU